CUUCAUCUAAGGUCCAUAUCAUCAAACGACAAACACAACUCAGCGGUAAUUUCAAAACAUCUUUGAAAUGGAGUAUUAAAAGACAACACCGAGUCGAGAAGAAAAAGAUCAUCGAAAUGAGGUGUACACACAGCAAGGAACUUUUAUGGUUGUUAUUUUACAUCUAUGCAGCUGUUAAUGGCGUUUGUACCACUGGGAUUGCAAAGAAAUUGAUUAAAGACCAACUGAAAACUUUGGAAAGAUCUGUUAACAUGGUGGUAGACGACGGUUCCUGCUGCAACCAAAAGCUGAAGAUGCCUAUAGCAUUCCACGCUGAACUUCGCACUGACAGAACUUACAAAGGCGGUUCAGUCUGGGUCUUUGACAAUGUUGUCACCAACGUGGGAAAUGCGUACAAUCUGGCAACAGGGAAGUUCACCACACCAACGAAAGGCGUCUAUCUGUUCAACUGGUACACCCUCAGUGGCCCUGAUAAAGUAUCACAUGCAGGACUAUACGUAAAUGGGAAAAUAAAAGGGAGACAGGCCUCAAAUAACGAUGGUGGUGGAAAGAAGUGGAUUACGGCUGGUAGCAGCAUCGUCCUGGCACUGGAGAAGGGGGAUUCAGUAUACAUUAUGGAUGCUCACGGGCAGACAGCAACCAUGAGUGGAGGAUGGUCAACCUUUAGUGGUGCACAACUUAGCUGAUAUGCAUGAAAAUCAGUUCCUUGAAUGUUUACAUCUUCAAAUCCUUUAAUAAAGGUUUAUUUAAGUUAA